AUGGCGGAAAAUUUGGAUUUAGAGAAGUGGAAAUAUUGGUGUAAUAUUUUGAGUGUUAACAGCGACAUUUGUGUUUCUUGUGUCAAAUGGGAUGAUGUGGAAAGCGCUCUUAUUGGUUUGAAAUUAUUUACAAAAGAUGAAGAAUACAGGUAGAAUUGUUGAGCCUUUAUAAAAACUGAAAAACAUAGAUUCAUAAAUAUAUAUUUUCAGCAUACAGUAUUUUCCCAGUUUCCGACGGUGAAGAGUUUCAAGCUAUAUUUCACCACAGUUUCACCAUUUAAGAUACCUAGAAGCAGUGUUGUAAGUAAAUUCGUUACAAGUAACGAAAUUACAAGUAAUCGUUACUUUUUUAGGUAACUGUAAGUCUGUAACAGUAACAGUCAAAUUGAAUGUAAAUGUAAAUCCCCCUCCCCCCCCAACCAGGGAGGGGCGGGGAUUUUGACUUAGAGGGAUAGUAGAAGAGGGAAAUUGUCCUCGCCCCCAGGGAAAGGGUAAUUAAUCAAUGUCCCCGCAUGUCUGAUGUCUCUGAACCCCGGUAAAAUAGUAUUAAUGCAUUAUACUCAAAAUUUCAACUAGUUUCAUAAAGAAUAAUGAAAGAUAUAAUUGAUUGAAUACAUCAAAAUGGAUUUCUAUUCGGACAACCCUUUCUGAGCGCUGAUUGGCUAAAAUACGAACACGAGAUCACCUGGAGUAUAUAGCCUGCUCGCCAACGUUGUAUUUCUUAUUGCCAAGUGACGAAAAACUAACGUCUGCUGACCCGAGCUGCACAUUCCAUUCCCUCUGAUCAACCAAUCACAGCGAACCAUCUAUAUUUUGGAGAGUGACGUCAGUUGGUUUAGGUGUGGAAUAAAGGGGCGCCCCCCCCCCCACUUUUUUAGGUUGGGGUGGCCUAAAUGUCCCCCCCCUCCCACUUUUUAACAAUGAUUAAAGACCAUGUAAAGUCUGUUCUGCGCAUACGUUCUGUGCAGAAUGUAAUUUGUAUCUUUUGAACUUUCUUGAAUUGAAUCUCUAGUCUGUAUUCAUAAAAAUUUACAAGCUUAGUGAACCAGAAGAGUGUUAAAAAUUCAGUAUAAUAUAUAUCUAAUCAUAUUUUACAACUGUAGCACUGCAUGAGUUCAAAAUGUAAACAAAGUGUUUGUUUACAUUACGGACUUUACAUGGUCUUUAAUAAUAAACCACAAAUUAAAUUAAUUGAUAUUAUUUUAGUUUCAGUUAAGAGAUAUUUUAUGACAUUAUGUUAUGUUUAGAACUCUGUAAAUCUCCUUCUAAUCUCUGUAAAUUCCAUUCCUUAGAAUGCAACCCACCUUUGGCAGGCGCUAAGUGUGCCCUCCCCACUUUUAGAGCCAUGGGCGUACCGGAAGGAAAAAAAAUUAGGGGGGUGGAAAGAAAUUUGCCCGAAAUUUUUCCGGAACAAAUUAAUUUUGGUGAGAUUUUUCGGAACAUCAUACAAAUUUUUCAGACAUCACAAAAUUGACCACAGAAUUGACAGAAUUGCCCAACAAACUGGGGUUGCCCCCGCCAGGUACGCCCAUGUUUAUAGCCGCUCCGGCACCCCUGUUUAUGAAUAUGGGGACACAUUACAACCAAAACUGACCACUUUCCCCACUAAAUCCUCUGCCCCUCCCCCACCAAAUCCCCUGCCCCUCCCCAGGGACAGGAACUCUUUCAGCCCUUUUUCGACUUCAAUUGUUCAGAAAAUUCCUUAAUAUUUAACGCGUUUCCAGCAUUCCGGGGCCCCCUCUGGGCAUGUUGGGCCCCCUUUUUUACUUUUCUUUUUUUUGGGGGGGGGGUGUUACACCCCUCACACCCCAGUAGUUCCGACCCUGUAUAAAAAUGGUUACUGGUGUAAGAUUUACUUUUGUAUUUUAUUAAUGUAGCCCUAGCUUUUUCACGUAUACAUGCCAUGUAUUUUCUUCUCGUUCUUUAAAAAACUCACUAACACGCUACACUUACAGUAUGAUAUCCUGAUAUUAUGUAUCUCAAGAUAUAUACGCGCAGUGAUUUAAUUAUUUAAAUCACUAUUAAUGAUUUAAUUUACAUUUUGGCUUAAAAUGGAACGAUAACGCGUUACUUCUCUGACCAACAUUUACGUUACCUUUUUCGUUACAUUUUCACCUUAAAAUUCUUUGCUUGCACAUGACGUCACUACGUGUCAUUAGGCGCCAUCUUGGUUGAUUUUAAAAUUUUGUCCAGCCGUUUACAUCGAAAUAGUUGAGUUGCUUUAAUAUUUUUGGUUUGUUUUGAAAACAUCUUACUGUAUAAUGGAUAGUUUAUACGAUUUCUGGCACAAUACGACAAAGAAUGAAGAAUAUAGAUUUUUAGUUGCCACGAAAAUCAACCAAGAUGGCGUCGAUUACAAAGAAAAUCAACCAAGAUGGCGUCGAUUACAAACGAGCAAUACAGUACUUGUUAUUUUCUUCACACAAUCAACUUUUAUUAUGUUAAUGUGGUCGAUAAUAAAACUGAUUUACUCUAAUAACUCCUGUCAAAUGCCUAAUUUACCGGCUUGCAGUUGGAUUAUCUUAUUCUUUACAGUAAUUUAACUGAACUCGUUGUCAAUGUAAUUAUUAAAACCUGCAGAUGUAACUUUAAACAAGUUACAAAAAAUUGAAAGUAACAUUUUAACUAGUUACAAAAAUCGUGAAGUAACUUUGUAACGGUAACUAGUUACAUUUUUUAUGUGUAAACUUUUACUGGUAACUACUGUAGUUCCCUUUUUGAGCAUGUAACUGUAACUGUAACUGUAACUGUAACUAGUUCAAAAAAUAAAUAACUUUUACAGCACUGCCUAGAAGGUUUCAGACAUCUUUACAGAUUACUCAUCACAAUGUCUCUAAGUAUUGUAUCUCAAAUUGUCCUACAUAUGCUUGGAAAUAUUAACCAGUCGCCAGACUGUAAAGGAAGUAAAGUAUUAUUUUUGUGUUGGGAACUUUUCCGUCGUAAAUGGCAGUUGCGCGGUAAUGAAGGCAGAGUACGUUUGAGAAUGGUUGCAUAACUUCCUCGAGGCCCCACCAUGGUUGGCGUCGAGCAGUUUUGAUAGUCUUCAGUUGUCUUGAUAGUCUUCAGUUGGUAGUUUUGAUAGUCUUGAUAAUGUUGAUAGUGUUGAUAGUCUACGUGAUCGUGAUUGUCUUGAUAAUCUCGUUAGUCUUGGUAUAGUCUUGAUAGUUUUAGUUGGUGGUCUUGAUAGACUUGAUAGUAUCAAGUGAUUGUCUUGAAACUCUUGAUAGUCUUAGUAUUCUUGGGUUUCAUAUGACGUUACAGAAGUGACGGGGAACUCUAAAACAAAACACAGUUAUCAGAGUGAGUCGAUGGUUCGUUAUAUGUAUUUGCCUUGUGUUUGGUGGCAAAUACAUGGAAUUUCGUAUCAUUUUCUCACUCCAGUACAGCAUAAACAUCAAUACAUUUAAGGUUGACCCCCCGUCAGAUUCAUUGCAUAAUGCCCUAGUGAAACUCGUGCAAGAAUUCCCCGUAGUCUUGAUAGUCUUGGCAAUCGUGUAAGUUUUUAUAGUCGUGGUAGUCUAGUCUCCAUAUUCUUGGCAGUCUUAGGGUCUUGAUAUUCUUUGUAGUCUUAAUAGUUUUUGGUAGCUUUCAUUGGUAGUCUUAGUUGUUUUAGGUGUUACUUUUAUGCGUUGGAAUGGGAAAUGUUUGGAUUAAUUUACAGUAAUAAAACAUGAGCUUCUUGCAUCUUAUAGGUCCCGUAUUACAGAAAACAUCGUAGAGCAGUGCAGAAAUUUCAUUGAAAACUCGCGUGUUUUAGAUUUUGAUAAGUGCUGUAAUAUUCAAGUAGAUGCUUUUCAUUUGCUACGAAAUUGUUGUGUUGGUUCAAAGAAAAAUCAAGACUACGUUAUGUAGGUGAUAACUCAACGUAUAGAACUCGCAACAAAACCUCAGAGUCAGAGAAAUUUCGAUACUAUGAUGAUUAUUUUACUUGUCUUUUGAAUAGCAAUGGACAUCGCUAGAAGAAAUGCAAAAUUUUUAAAUUAUAGAAAUUAGUUCCUGACAUUAUUAUGCAUGUUCGACUUUUUGUUGUCAGUGAAUGCAUGCAGUGCAUGCUGUGCCCACAUUAUACAGUAGAAAGCUACAUUUAGAUUUUAGCAAUAUCCAAUUUUUUGUAUGCUAUACCUAUAUCCGGUUUUCCAUAUUAAUAUGAACAAUCAAUCUUUUAAAUUGGUCGUGUGAUGGUUGUUAUUGUCCUUACCAGGUCUCGUGGAUUGCUAUCUACUGUAAUUGAAAUAUUGGAACAAGUUCUAAAACUUUAUCAAGAUUCAGGUAAGUGCACUCGUUUGCUGUCUUGCGUUUGUCCAUGAACUGUGUUUUUAUAUUUUACUGUAGGCUUCUAUUCAUCCAUAUACCCAUUCAUUUAUUUACUUAUCUAUGUAUAUAUAUAUUGUUCGUUUUUCUUUUAAUUGCUUUGCGUUCGAAUAUUUCAUAUUUUAAGUCAAACUGUGGAAACCCAAUGACUAAUGAUUUUAUGCAUUCCGAGUUUAUGUUUGUUGCCUUUAACUUAUGCAGAUGUAGAUUGCGUGAAACAGGUUCUUUCCUCAGGGAUUCAAUUACUGGGUAAUCUGGUCGUUGAACAUAGCAAGAAUCAAGAAACUGUUUGGACACGAUGUUAUCCUUACUUCUUUAUGUGAGUGGCAAUAUUUAACGGAAAUUUACAAAAUUUACAAUGUCGUUUGAAACUUAAUUAUUUGAGCCAGGGGCAUUUCGCCACACUUUAGUAGGUGUGUUUCUCUGAAAAACGGACGGAAAGUUUUGUGAUUUAAAUACUCUGCAAUAUAUCCAAGAAUUAUUUUCUUGGAUUUUUUUAUUUGGGGAUUUUACAAAUAAGGCAGGAUAUUAGUUUUUUAUUUUUGAAGAAAUGUACAGUACGAGGAUUUUUGAAGUAAUGUCAAUUUGUAUCUCAGUUUCUUAAUAAUUAACUUUUGCUCUAUUCUACAGACCCUGAUAAACCUAUACGAAUAUGAAAAGAAGGGGUCUGUUUAUAAGCUGGGAUAUAUUGUGCUGGUUAAAAAUGCUGGUGCAGGAAUGGUUAUGCAGUAUAUUAUAGUUCAGUAUAAUUAUAACGGUGUCCGCGACAAUGUGUCAGACAAUUAUGACAGUAUCAUUUUUAUCGUCUAGGAAAAUCAUGAGAUGCCGCUAUAACGAAGUCAAGAAUUAUAUAUGUAUGGUUAUCUACAACUGUAUGAGACAAAAAGCAAGGUGGUGUGGAGUUAAACACUGCAACUGAUAUUUAUGAUGGUUUCAUCAUGAUUUUUCAUUAUAAAUAUCAUGAGAUAUUCGUAUUUAUAUAAUAACCUUAAGAAUUCAAGCGAUUUCAUUGGUCGGGAAUCAUGAUCUAUUACAGGACAGACGCACGGAAUUACGUCACACAAACUUGGUUUUGUGCAACCAAUCACAAUUCAGCGCGUGACUUAAGCUAGCCAAUACCAUUUUCGUAUUUGUAUAGAUCAUGUACACGUGAUGUUUGUUUUUUCUUUUUAUUAUAUAAAACAAAUAGAUUUUUUCCUGUGUUUUUUUUGCUUUUUAUUAUAUAAAACAUUUUGCCGUUGUCUGUUUAGUUAUAGAUACACAGUAUAUGACAUGAUAAUGUGGUAUGCACCACAGUGGCAGUCAAUUUAUCCCGGGCGUUCUGUGACCCCCGUCCGCGAUCAUAUCAGAACAUGUCAGCGGCAUCUAGUAAAUUACUUAAAUAACAUCGCCCGAAGUUCGAAGGUUUUACCUUGAGGUUUUACUUUAAUUCCUCUUUAAUUCCCAAGGAAUUUUAUCGCUGAAAAUCGCUGAAUAUUUUACAUCUACAACUUUAGAAAGUGGAAAUAUUUUCAGAUGCAUGGGCCAUCAUUCGAAUAUUUACCAUCGAAGAACAAAUAUGACUGGUUUAUAGUUUAUUUUGUCUAAAAAUACAUUCCCAUGUACAUACAAAUUAAAUUACCUGCGAAAAUUCGCAAACUAACCCCUCUGAAAUUUGAGGUCUUUGACGUGGCUAGAAAAAACAAUAAAUGUCUUACCAUCUCUAUAUUGUAAUAUAUUCUCACUGCUCGCUUUCCCCGCACAAUACCUUUGACUGAGGGAAUUCAGAUUGGGGAUAAAUAAUUUUCAGCCAAAGGUAGAGUGCGGCGAAGCUAGGUCCGGAAGUGUCGCAGCCGAGGGGAGGUGGGUGGGUACCCAAAAAGUUUCAGUGCCGUCUUUCCCUUUCGGUGGUAAAUCCGCAAAUGCUCAAAAGCUACCGAUUCUGUGCUACUUUUAUACUGUCUGACAAUCACGUGGUGUAUAUGGAUGACUAACUGAUCAUCUCAUGCAUAAAUAUUCAAAGUAUACAUGUAUGGUAUUGUGAGAGAAAACUCCCAGUGAGAAUAUACUACAAAAUGUCAGCGGAUCCUUUUAUUUAUAUAUGUUUAUACCAGUAUAUAUUUAGAUUUUCUGCAUUUGUAUUUCAGCGCGCGAGUGCCGGUGGUGUGGUUGUUUAGGGCGUUCGCGCGUUCUCACAUGCUGCUAAUUGGCUGUUCAAAUCCCGCGAUGGCCAACCUUUUGUUUUUCGUUCUCGUAUUUUUUUCUGUAAGAUUUUUCCUAAGAUUGUCUUUAUACAAUACCUUUUGGUUAGAUUAGGGUUAGAGUUCGGGUCAGGUUUAUUUUUUAAGUGUGGAAUUACUAUACAACACAGUUUAAUAAGUGUGGAGGUACUAGACAACACAGGGGAGUUACUACUGUUUUAUUGUAAAUUACUAUUAUUAAAUUGCCCCUUCUUUCAAAAUUCGAUAAAUUGUUUUUUAGAAAUGUUAUUUCGCUGUCACUUUGGGCCAUUUUGUAGUUCGCGCCAAUUUUCAUAAUUUGCGCGCGAAUUCGAAUUGUGUUAAUUAAUGCUAAAUGUUGAGCUGCUGACAUGAUCUGAUUUGAUCGCGGACGGGGGUCACAGAACGCCCGGGAUAAAUUGACUACUCACUAGAGCUGGGCGCCGGAGCCGGAGCUCCGGCAUAUUUUGCCGGAGCCGGAGUUGGAAAACUCCGGCAAAAACUCGGGCAGACAAAAUUAUGAAAAAUUAUUUCAUAUUUCAACGAACAUUUUGCAUUAAAUGAGAAAAUUAAGUUGUUGUUUACUAAUAUAUUACUAUUUAUAUGUUGUUUUACUAUAUAUUACUAUGUGGUUUACUAUUAAUAGUGUUGUAAAAAGGUUUUUAAAAAAGAUAAAUUCUGAAAUUACACUGAAAUACUUUCGCCUGCUUCCACUUUUAAAUAUGGAAUUUCCUUAUAAAUUUCUUGCCGGAGCCGGAGUUUUGACUGCCGGACCCGGAGCCGGAGCUAAAAUAACCGGAGUUUGCACAGCUCUACUACUCACAUCAGUGACUCACUCUUCCCGGCGGCUCGUGGGCCACUUUUUUGUUCUUACCACAUUAUGACGUCAUACUGACAUCUAAUAACUGAACAGACAAAAUGUUAUCCAUAUGUAUUAAUUAUUCAAUAUAGGUUCUAUCAGCCUUUUUAUUUUUAGAGAGCCAUGAUUUGUUAGAGCAUAGACUCAUUUAACACUCCCCAAAACGUUUCGGUACUAGCUAAGUUUAACUCAGUUUAAUACGUAAAACAAACAGACACCACACGGUUAUUACGUCAUGUUGUAUAUUUUUAACUGUGUGAGCAUGCAGAUAAAGACAAAAUGUUAUAAAUUUCUUAAGCAUCAUGCAUGCAUAUUUCGCCAACAUUUAUUUUAUUUUCAUUUUACAUGUUUGAUUUGAUUCAAUUUAUCUUACUUUGGCAUCUUUGCAUCAAUUUAUUUACUAAAUUAUAUUCUUAGUUCUUUUACUGUUUUUUAUUGUAGAGCCGAAUUGUGCACGGCAUGCGAAGGACUUUCGCUUAUCACUGAUAUUGUUAAAAUGUGUUGUACAAACGAUGCCAACGUCGAAUGGGG